UGUGAGUGUGUGCGUGUCAUAUUUUCUACCCACAGCAGCACAGAAGCUGACAUUUUUCUCCGGGCUUCAUUUUUGUGCACCGCAGAAAACGUUUUCAGCUCCAUUCCAUUUGAAGUGGAGCCCGAAAAAUUCUAUAAAACUUUGCAGGAGAGGAUUGUUUGCGUUUUGUGGCAGCCGAAGUGUGGGCUUCAGGUUUUCACCCCCGGCUUCGAAAUGGCUGGCGGAGGAUCCGGAACGAAGGUGGUCCAAAUCACCAAUAUUGCCCCGCAGGCAACGAAGGACCAGAUGCAGAACCUGUUCGGGCACAUUGGUAAGAUCGACGAAAUUCGUCUCUAUCCGACGAUUCGGGACGUUUCCUGUCCGGUGGUGUCCCGGAUUUGCUACGUCAAGUACUUUGAGAGCAGCUGCGUGGCCGUGGCCCAGCAUUUGACCAAUACGGUUUUCAUCGACCGGGCGUUGAUUGUGAUCCCGGUGCAGGGAGGAAUGAUUCCCGAUGAGUACAAGGCGCUGGAGAUGGCGGCCAAUGGGACGCUGGUUCCCGGAUUGCAUAGCAUCGAAGGCCCGAGCAAGUUGCCGCCGGAAGUGGUCAAUCGUAUCGACGGGAUGGUACCCAAUCAGGUAAUGAAAACCAUCGAUCCGAAGUUGGAUGAGAACAACCUUCCGGAGUACCCGCCCUUGCCGGUCAAUUUCGAUGCGAAGAAAAUCGAAGAGACUCGUCGCACCCUCCUGGUGUUGGACAUCAAGUCCGAUUGGCGUCUGGAGGAGCUGAUGGACCAUUUCAAGUUGUGUGGAGAGAUUAAGUACGCUCGCUAUGCCGAGAAUGAGAGGUCUCGCUUUGCUCUGUUGGAAUUUUGCGAGCAGAAGAGUAUUAUAGCGGGCCUGAAAAUGCACGGUUCCGAAUUCCGUGGCUAUCGGUUGAACGUGCACCAUUCGACGCAACCGAUCGUGAAGCCGGAAGCGAAGAGCAAUGAGGCAGCCCAGAAGGAGAUCGAGGAAGCCAUGUCGAUUGUGAAGGAGGCACAUCAUAUGAUUUCGGCUGCCAUCGAUCCCGUCAUUGGAAUGUUGGCCAAGGAUAAGAGCUCAAGCCGCCGUCGAUCGCGUUCGCAUUCUCGCUCCAAGGAUCGUCAUUCAAGAUCUCGAUCUCGCAAGCGUUCGAAGUCCCGCUCGAAACGAUCGCGUUCGCGUAAACGUUCCCGAAGCCGUUCGAAACGUUCCCGAUCGCGCUCGAAACGUUCCCAUUCGAAACGAUCCCCAUCGCGCAGCAAACGAUCGCGAUCUCGUUCGAAACGUUCGCGGUCCCGUGAUCGUCGCAAGCGUUCUCGUUCUCGGCGUCGAAGCCGUUCCCGCUCGCGUGAUCGCCGUCGUUCGCGAUCCCGUGAUCGUAAGCGUUCUCGUUCGCGGGAUCGUCGUGAUCGUAGUCGCGAUCGCAAGAAGUCUCAUCGCAGCAAGGACGAAAGAAGACGUCGUUCGCGUUCGCGCUCUCGCAGCAGAAAGCGCUCGAGUUCCCGUAGCCACGGUAGUAAACCGAAGGACACGACCAGUCGCCCUUCGAAGAAGCGUAGUCGUUCCCCGGAUAAGCGAUUGAAGAAGAUUUUGGAGGAGAGUGUCUGCCGGGAUUACGAUGCCGAAGAACGCAUAGGAGGAGAAGAAGAACCAACAAGUGCGAAGAGUUCACCUCCUCCAACAGCAGCAGCACCAGCGGCUCCAAUUCCUCCACGCGAGAAGACGGCAAGCCCAACCACGGAAAAGUCGGACAAUAUGGACAUUUCCAACUCGCCGUAGGUCCUUCUCUGCUGCAAGCCACCAGUGACGCACCUGACGUUCAUAAUAGCAGGUAUUUGCUCUGGGUCUGACACACCGGACUUGAAAUUUAUGCUUUUUCCCUUUUUAUUAAGAUUGAUAGUGAUACAAAAACGCGAAUUUCGAACUUGAGAAAGUGCGAGAUCAUCGCUACUUCUGAUUAAAUCUUUCGAUUACAUGCUAAUAUCUCUGUAUAAGUGUAUGGAAUGAAUCUAGGUUUGAUAAAUCUACCAAAA